AUGCUCUUCUACAUCAUCGUGUCGGCCAUCAUCCUCGAGACGACAGUCACGGUCUGCUCUCGGAGUGGCAAUGACGAGCUCCGUCACCCCCGCGAGAGCGACGAUGGCCACGAUCAUCAUCAUCGGCCAGACGGACCCGACCGCAUAUCUAACCAGAACAGCUCUGACGGCGAUACCGACGCCGAAGACGCCCAGCCCGCACGAGACCCCGACCUUGAAGUCCGAUACGAGCAGCGAUUCCAGGCCAAGGCCAUCGAGCUGGCGCGGGCCAACCAGGCCAACGAGCAGCUGAGCACACGUCUCGAGAGCGCCAGGCACCGAGUCGGACGCCUCGAGAAGCAUACCAGGGGCCAGCACAUGCGUCUCGGCUUCUUCACCAAGUGGUACCCCCGUCUUCUCGCGGCGUACAGGAGGCAGGUGCACGAGUCCGAAACCGUGGAGGAGCGCGUGAACGCGCUGCAGGAAUGGUCCAGGCUGGCGCACGACCGCAUCGAGCUCAUGGUCAAGAUGAGCGACAUGAUGGGCAUGAGCAGCAGCGUCAGCAGCCUCGGCAGCAGCGCCACGUCGGCAUCCACCACGUCGGCGGCAUCGCCGUCCGGGUGGGCGCCCGCCAACCCUUCCUCCUCCUCCGCCGUCGCCGUCGUGCCCAGAUUCCUCUACUCCCACAGCAAGGCCCUCGUGGCCAAGCACAAGGAUACGAUCGGCGAGAUGGAGGGCCAGGUGGUCGAGCUCAAGAGGCAGCUGGAGAAGACGACGGCGGACUUCAUCGACGCCACCAGGCAGCUCGGUCGCGAGAAGCGCAUGAGGAUGCAGGAGACGCAGAUGAGGGUCGCUGCCGAGGCUGCCGCCGUCAACUCCUGGCUCGACGACGAGGGCCUCAACCACAGCGAGGCUCCGGUCCCUCGCGCCCGCAGCCAGAAAAUGGUCCAUCAUCUCCAGGGUGAGGUCCUCGGUCCGGUCGACGACGAUGUCAGCGGCGGCGGCAGCAGCAACGACCGCUACCUACUGUCGGGAGAGUACGACGACGACGCCAGCCCGUUCAAUUCCGGUGACGAAGACGAAGCCCGCGGUCGUGGUGAGCAUGCCAGGAGGGGCGAGGACAGCCAGAGCAGCGAGGAUGAGUACGAUGACGAUCGUCUGGACAGCACCGAUGAUGGACAAGCCGGCCUUGGUUUGUCAAAGGAGGCGACCAGCCUGGCCGAUGAGCUGGCCCAAGAGCUUGGUGACCGUGACUUCUUCCGUUCAUCCUGGGAUGAAUAA